UGGAGACUCUGUAUACUCUCGGAGUGUUCGCUCCCAGCAGUUGUUUGAUGCCUACCAGAAAAUGUCACUGACUUUAGUGACAGUUUUCCUGUAAAGAGGAUAUGGAUAAAGAAGACAUGGAACAUAAAAAGUUAAAAGACAGAAUACCGCCAGAAGGUGACACUGAUUCUGACUCCAAUGACGUGAUCUAUGUGAAUCCAGCUGACCAUGAUGGACCAGAUUAUGUGCCUACAUUGACAUCUCGAGACCGGAGAAUGAAGAAAAGAUGUGUCAAAAAGCCAGCUAUGACUGCUGAAGACCGCCAUGACCAGAUUCUUCGAGAUGCUGGAUUUGACACCGCUGGUAUGAGUAAGCAAGAGAAAAAAGAAUUUGUGAAAGUUAUAAUGAUGUCUAAGGAUGAGGCUACACCAACCAAAAAAGUUGUGACAGAUGUUACUGGUGAUACAUUGAAUUCCUCAAGUCAGAAUGAACACCCUUUUAACAGAAGAGACCAUCCUACUGCUGUAUCUGAUGUUGAUUCCAUCAAUGAGACUCCACAGCCAUUGAUCAAAGUUGAGCAGUCAACAGUACAUCAAUCGCCCCUUAAUGAUGAGGGUAACGAUGGUAAAUCAAAGAACAAAGCGCAAAGGACCAAGAUUGUGACAGUAUUUUCCCAGAAUAAAGUCAAGAACAGUCGAAACAAUCAAGGUUAUACAAAAGACAGCAAUGAUGAAGAUGCUGACAAGGAAUUGAUGUUCCCAAAGGACAUGAAGCAGGCUUUACCCAUAAAAAAUGUAGUGGUGGAGAAACAUCAAGUCAAGAAAGGAAGUUGUAAACGGUCAAAUACACAGGCAAAAAGUGUUGCUGAUGAAAGACCCAAGAAGCAGAGAAAGAUGGAGCAGUAUUCACACAUAGUCAUCAAUGAAGAUGUACCGAAUAUAUCACCAGAUGAAGAAGAAAUGAUGGAGAAAAGAAAAUUUUCUCCGAAGAUGGUAUCAUCCCUCACCACGGAGGAUGAUGACACACAGCCUCCAGAUUCUUCUGAUGUUUUGGGGAUGGAGUCUUCAGAAGAAUUGAAGGCUGUCCGAGUGGUCAGUACACCAGAGGAGAAAGAUGAAACAACACAGGAAAUGGACUACUUUAAUUAUCAACAAUCUAAUGUCCAAGCAGCAUCAGUUCCGGACAGUCAAACAACACCACCUCAUGAAGAUGACAAUGUUCAGCAUCGAUUAGCAGGACAUACUCCACCUCCAAGAAUAUUUCAGCAAAUUCACGGUGCAGGUGAUGCAGCACCUUACAGAAGGAAAAAUAGUUCUACCAAAAGUAAAAAUUCAAAUGUGUCGCACAAUGACAGAAGCUCUGAGGCUACCGCUCCAUCUGAAAAAAAAAUCUUUAAAACAUUGAAGAACAAGAUGGUAGAGAUGGCUCAUAUCGUACAAAACAAGUUUUCACACAAGUCUGACAAGGAUGGAAAAGGUGAUUCUACUGGUGAACCAGACGUUACCAGAGAGGAUUCGUCACCUUCACGAGAAACCAACUUUUAUGAUGUGCCGACCCUUAGAAGACAUUACAGAAAAGCAAGGAAGGUGACACCUAGAUAUCCAUUUUAUGCUCCUGAUGCUGGGAGUGUACAGUCCUACACCAAGGUUAUCCUCCAGUUGAUGGAAAUCUACAGCCGUAAACUGACGGAGGUUCAGACCAUGGCCGCUGAAAUGAUAGCCUGGGGUGAUCCAGUGAAGUGUGGCCGCCAUAUGGAAAAGACACUAGACUUUGCUCCAGUCAGCCGAACAAGACAAAAUCUGUAUAAGGAGGAGAGUUCAGAGGAAGAUGAGUUUGUACCGUACAAGCCAAAAAUAACCAUGCCAAAGAAACUUGUGAAGCUUAAAGGCAGUCAUUCCAAAAUAAAGGAGGACCCAAACUAUGUUCCAAAGCACAGUGAGGACAAAGAAAAGUCUUUGCAUGACACAGAAACGCAACCUUUUGGUGACCAUGUGGAAAAGAUUGUAGAUGAGGCUGAUGUAUUAGAUAACACAUACCCAGUUGCUCCGAAUCAUCAAAGACAUGAACCAAAAAUAGAGGAUCCAGACAGUAUGGUUAGGUCUGAUGUGGAUGUCUGUCUGUCUGUUGAGAAACGAAAAAAUCAGCCACGCAUAAAAAGAGGAGAUAAAUCUGAUGGCGAGCAAAUGACUGAUAAACCAGACACUGGUUUUAGUGGUAGAAAAGCAACUUUACCUGUUACCGGUCAAGUCAGGCCUGUGCGCAGGACAAUAUACACAGACAUCCCCACAAAUCCUAAGGCUGUGAAAAACAAAGAGCUUUCAGAUAUAUACAGCUUAUCGGAUGACAAUAGUGGCGAAGAAUUUCUUUCUCUGAAAAGAAGUGGCGGGAACUACCGAAAGACAAGAAAUAGACAUGCAAAGCUUCAAAGGAAAUUGUUAGAGAGAUCUGAUAGUGGGUUCUCUGUAGAAAGUGCCCGAUCAGAUGAUGAAAAUGAUGAUGCAAAACAUUCAGGAAAGACUGUACAACAAAGAGUUCCUUCACCAUUGAGAAGGAUAAGGUUACCCAGUCCUCCUGACUUUCAGUCUGAAUCAUCCAUGGACAGUCUCAGUCAGCAGUCUGCAGCCAUGAUCAAUGCCCAGGGAGAACUCUAUUCUACUCAGGUCUGUCUACAGCGGGAGAGAGCAAAAACAAGAAAGCCAGUUUCAAAAACAACCCAAAAGGAUAACAUAUACAGUAUUGAAGAGGAGGCAGAAAGUGUGGUGAAGCCAAAGAAAAGGAAGCAAAUGCCAUCUGGCCAGAGUCAAAAGGAGUUCAGCAAGCUUACAAAAGGAAGUAGUAUUGACAGUCAUUCUGAUAAAUCUAAUGAUUCUGCGGAGACGCAGGAAUAUACUGGGCAAAGCUCUCCUUCUGUCAGUGAAAAAUCCAAGGAGGAACUACCAAUUUUACGGGAGGAGCCAACCCUUGUUGAUGAUAUGGUAACUCCAACAGACUCUCCUGAAGGUGGAGACCAAACAGAAAAAAUGGAAAGUCAGUCACCAAACUUCAAAAAGGGACGAGGCUCAAAGAACUUGAAAAUAGGGAGAUUUCUUUCUGAUGAAUGUGAUAAAGAAGUUUCCUUCAAAGAUUUAUCUGAGGUUACAGAUUUAGAGAACAUUGCUCCUGCAUUCUCCAUGUGGGAGCCUCCACAACAAACAUCGAUUAAUAUAGAAGCUAUUAGGAGGAGGAAAAGGACUCAGAAAGAGGAGAAGAAUGUACAGAAAAAAAGGAAAGAAGAACUGAUAUCCCUUGUGCCAUGUCCGCUGUGUAAUGUGCCUUUCCCACAGGACCAAAUAGAGGCUCACGCAGCUGAAUGUGAAGGAAACGAAGUGACCAAUUCUGAUAGUGCUGCUAUUCAGCACAAUAGUGCAGAGUAUGAUGACGCUGAUUUUGAUGCAAGUCCUUCAGGAAUGCUAGCAGGGGGAAUGAUGGAUUUUUUCAAGAACAGCCAGAGUCCACAGCAGGCAAACUCCCCUUCACCCCAGAAACGUCGGACAGUUGCCAAUAAAUUGACAGGGGAGAUAACCGAGCAGGUUAUAAGGAAGAUGAUGACGUGUUACCUGUGUGAUGAAAAGUUACCAGCAGGACAAGAAUAUGACAACCACAUCGAAAUUUGUUUAAUGGAAGCACAACAAAGACAGGCUGAGGCUGAUGCCCGAGGAUACUUGGGAACAAGUAAUUCUGCUGUUACUCCAGAGAAAAGGUCAACAAGGUCAAGAAUGAAAGAGGAACAAGGAAGCAAAUUACUGGGACGACUGGACCAAGUGCAGCACCAGACUGAAGGGUACACAUCAGAGACUGAAGAAGAGUUGUGCACACUGGGUAGUUUAAUCAGGAAGAAACCUGGAAAAGAAAACAAGACACACGUCAUUACUAGAGAGUAUGGUUUGGAAACUGAGAGCAGCUACACUGAUUCUUCCUCAUCAGAUUGGGACCAACCAUCCCAACCAAUAUCUAGAACCAGUCAAUCACAGAAAUCUGGACAUAAAACGAGCCAUUCGAAACAGUCCACCUAUGGAACCAACAACCUACCUGGAGACUGGACUAUAGAAGAACUUACAAGUUCCCCUCUAAAAACAUUUGUUCCUAUAAAUGUACAGGAGAAUCCAGAAGGUUUUAUAAAUCAGUUUGACAAUGCCAAGAGGCGUUUUGAGAACAGGGUACAGACAAAAACAAAAGUUCAUCAAAAAGGUAAAAAAAGAAGGAAACGGAAGAAAAGAAAAACAACUGCCAACAAACCGACUGCUAAAAGAAGGAAAUUAGAUAAUGCUGAAACUCUUUAUAUAUGUUAAUUAGGGAAAUCCCAAUUUGUACAGCACCAUUGUCUACUUCUCUUAAAGUAAUGGUAAUGUAUGUGUAGGGAAAUCCCAAUUUGUACAGCACCAUUGUCUACUUCUCUUAAAGUAAUGGUAAUGUAUGUGUAGGGAAAUCCCAAUUUGUACAGCACCAUUGUCUACUUCUCUUAAAGUAAUGGUAAUGUAUGUGUAGGGAAAUCCCAAUUUGUACAGCACCAUUGUCUACUUCUCUUAAAGUAAUGGUAAUGUAUGUGUAGGGAAAUCCCAAUUUGUACAGCACCAUUGUCUACUUCUCUUAAAGUAAUGGUAAUGUAUGUGUAGGGAAAUCCCAAUUUGUACAGCACCAUUGUCUACUUCUCUUAAAGUAAUGGUAAUGUAUGUGAUGAUUACAAUUAGAAUGUGCUUGAAUGAUAAAAAUUUAUAUUCUUUGAAAGUAAUUCAAGGUCACAGAGUUAUUGAAGUUAUGAAAGUUUCAGAUGACCAUCUUCAAUAUUGAUACAUUGAGUGACUGUGAUGAAAGGCUUUUCAAACUUCUUAGAUCAUCUGAGACAAAGUCUCAUGGUGAACUAUUGCAAUGACCUUUUGCCUGGUGUUGUACAUCAUUGACUUUCCACAUUUUCUCUGUAAAUCUCCACAACAGAUUCAAUGAAAUUUUGAAGAAGCCGCUGAUGGCGAAAGAAGUACCAAAAUUGUAAAUUAAACGGUCCCAACCCCCAAGGUCAAAUUGAUAGAAACUGCAAAAAUCUUCUCAAUACCUAUAUAUGCUCCUUGUGGAUGGAAAAACUCUUUAGAUGCUUUACCAAAAUUGUGAAUUUCUUAACCCCCAGGGUCUCACAUUUCCACCUGGGAAAGGGGUAAAAUUUACUAUAGUUUAUUUAGGAAAAUUACAUUUUUAAGCAUAAUUUGCUUAUUUGAAAUAGUUCAAACUUGGUAAGAAUUAUUAGUAUAAGAUGAGUUUGGCAAUAUGUACACAUUUACACUGGCAAAAAAGGUCAAAUUGACUCAAAUUUGAAAGAUCUCAGUAUCCCAAUAUGAUAGAAUGUAUCAAAUGCUGUCCAAUGGAUGGAAGAAUUAUAUAGGAAAUUUACAUUUUUGAGUGUGAUUUCUUUUAAUCGAAACAUGUUUAGAAGCCUUAGUAUGGGACAGCAGUUAAUGUUAUGCACAGUUUACAUUAGCAUUACAUGUACAAUGUAGUUUUAUCUUACAUUUUUAACAAGAUUUUUGUAUAUAUUACUAUGACAUCUUACAAGAAUUAUCGUAACUCAUGUGACUACUAAGGCCCCUGGGCUUCUUGUUCAAAUAAAUUAUCAAAAUUUCUGUUCAUUGUUAAGAAGUCAAAUCUACUUGAAAUGUUGAAACAUCAAGUCUAUUUUCAUGAUGAAAUUACUUUAAAGUUGACUCAAGAUUACAAUUGCCAAAUCUUUUCUAAAAGAUGGAUUUAAGAUGUUUCCAUGUCUAGAUACGUAUCAUCAGUACCUCAUUUCACUAGCCAUUUAUAUACUGUGGCUAUUAUCAGAGCUCUUGAGCAUCUUUCGUUUUGAAGGCACGGUGAAUACGAAGUUUUUGAUCCUCCUAUGUCUUCCCAUGCAAAACAUUCAUUUUGAUCAAUGGAGCCUUGAAUUUUACCCCAAGAGCGCACAUUGCUGUAUCUGCUUGUAUCUCUGAAACGUUACUAGAGAUGACCAGAAUUUUCUAAAGCCAACCGAAAUAAGCAUCUCUGUAUCCAAGGCGACAGCAUUCAAAGUUUUUACCUGAUUGACAAAUGUACAAAACUGAAGCCAAAUGUAAUUUCAUAUUGGAAGCCAUUGCAGUUCCAAUUUUUUGACUCACAAACGGCGAUAAUAAUUCGUUAAUAUUGUUUUGGAUAUGACAAAUUUAUUGCCAUAGAAAAUAUAAUAUUAGUUCUUUGUCAUAUUGUUUGAUGAGACCUAUUCUGAAAACAUAAUAGUUAAAACAUUUAUGGGAUCAAAGUGAUAAUACAUGAUUAUUACACAUGCAUCUUACAAUUGACAAAAAAGAAAGAAAAAAAAGUGCAAUGAAUUCGAAGUGAAUUCAACCUAAACACGUGUUUUUAGAAGAGAUGAUAUCGUACUAGCUAACUAUUGAUCCCAUGUUGUUGAGUUUUAGUUUGGAUUAUCAUAGUAUAAAU